AUGUCCGCCUCCGCUGCAGCCACCGGCGCCGCGAACGGCGCGCGCAAGCUCCGCGUCGACAUCACAUCCGACACGAUCUGUCCCUUCUGCAUCCUGGGCGUUCGACAGCUUCAAGUCGCGGCCGAGAACUACAAGAAGACGCACCCCUCUGCGCCCGAGCUGGACGUGCACUUCCACCCCUUCCAGCUGGGCGGCGGGGGCAAGUUCACCGAGAAGCCCGUCAACAGGCGCGAGUACAUGGCGAACAACUAUGGAGCGGAGCGGUCCCAGGCCUUUGCCCAAAACUUUGACCGUCAAUACAAGGCCCUCGGGCUUGGUGGCUUUGCCUCGGACGCGCAGCUGGCCAGCUCGCACCUCGGACACCGCCUGACUGCCUAUGCCGAGGACAAGAAGCCCGAGGAGGCUGCCGGCGUCGCUCUCGACCUCAUGAAGAACUACCAGGUCGACGGACACUCGCCCUCGGACCGCGACCGCCUCGCGCAGAUCGCCGUCAGCCACGGCCUCUUCCCCACCGAGCAGGCGGCCAAGGACUGGCUCAACGGAAAUGAGAAGGACGCCGAGGUCCGGGAACAGUACAAGGACGCCGUCGACAGCGGCAUCACCGGCGUGCCCUUCUUCGUGUUCGACAAGAAGUACGCCACGAGCGGAGCCGUCGGAGAGGACCAGUUUGAGAACAUCCUCGACCAGGUCAUCAAGAAGGAGAACCUGUAA